UUAAUACAAAUAUAUGUUUGUUUAAUAUUCUGAUAAUACAGUGCCUUUACCGAAAAUUGGAUUAAUUAUACAAAUAUUACAUUGUCUACAUUGUUUACACAUUCAAAUAAUACACAUGCUAUAUUUAUUACUGUGCUGACGAACAUCACUGACAAAAAAUCCUUUUCUCUUCUGUCGGUACCACUGGAGCAUAUCACUUAUUAAAAAAUAUAUUAGUCUGUGUAUCUUGAUUACUAAAGGUUUUCACAAGGACCAUUGGCAGUCCUGUUUGUAUUUGACACAUCGCUAGGAAGAAAGAAAAUUUGUGGCAUUUAAGUUUUUCUAUAAUAUUAAGCUCCCGUAGAUGUAGACAUAAAUUGUUUUGUAAAAUUUUAUAAAUAUUACGUGAUACAAAUGAAGUUGUGAGAGUUCAAUAUUAAAUUAGUAAGACGAACACUUUCUUGUGUACAUUCGUAGCUUAUAAUAGGUGUAUUAAUUUGUUUCAAAUGUCUCAGUUGAAAAGCUCUGUAAGUACAGAGCGUACUAGUAUACACGACAUGUUAAAGGAUGCUCCAACUGAUAAUAGAACUAGUGAAUCUACAGUUGCUUCAAAUUCAAUUUAUCCGUAUUCAAAGUCGGUCCCAACUGGAUUGUCCACAUGUACAAGCUCCCCGGCAAUAUUAACUCCUACAACACCAACCUCUACUGAUGACUCAACAAUAUUUAAGACGUCUUCAAAAAUAGAAAAUCUUAAGAAUUGGUCCAUAUCUACAUAUAAAUGUACAAAGCAGCUUAUGUUUGAAAAAUUAGGCAAGUCUUCAAGAACACAUGAUGCAGAAUUGGAGAGUCAAAUAGACCAAUUACGGGAAACACAGAAAAAAUACAGUAAUGUCUUACGACUCGCAAGAGCGCUAACAAGUCAUUUCUAUCAUGUGGUUCAAACUCAACAUGCCUUAGGAGAAGCCUUUUCUGAGCUAGCCCAAAAAUCACCAGAAUUACAAGAGGAAUUUUUAUACAAUUCAGAGACACAACGAAAUCUAACAAAAAACGGAGAAACUCUUUUAGGAGCUUUAAACUUUUUUAUUUCAUCUGUAAACACUUUAUGUAAUAAAACAAUCGAGGAUACGCUUCAGAGCAUCAGACAAUAUGAGGCAGCUCGCAUUGAAUAUGAUGCAUAUCGCACUGACUUAGAAUCGAUGUCGACAAAGCCAGAUGGUACAAUAGGACUCGAAGAAGCACAACAAGGAUACGAACUUCAUAGGCAGCAGUUUAUGAAACUGCGAGCAGAAGUUACUAUUAAAAUGAAGUUCUUAGAUGAAAAUAGAAUAAAAGUAAUGCACAAGCAACUGUUACUUUUCCAUAAUGCGAUUUCUGCAUAUUUUUCUGGAAAUCAACAGGCUUUGGAGGCAACACUGAAGCAAUUUAAUAUCAAAGUGAAAACCCCGAAUUCAGCAUUCCCGUCUUGGUUAGAACAGUAGUACCGUAUAUAUUGCACAUAUUACAACACUGAUAAUAUCUAGUCACUAAUUUUUACUUAUUUAUUAAUUAAUGAUUAAAAUUAUUAAUAUUAGGUUUUAAUUAUAUCAUAAAUUAAAAUUCUUUUUAUUUUA